UUUUUGCAAGUUGCUGAACGGUCCUCCACGCAUGGUACUCAUUUUUACCAAGUGCGAGAUAAGAGUGGUCAAACGUGGGCUGUUGGAAUCAACAGUAGGGGGAUAUUCCAGUACGACCCUGCCGAUAUCUCAAAACCAAAAAAGAUUUUUAACUGGUAUUUAUUGGAUAAUCUUUAUUAUCGUGAUCGGAAAUUUUCCAUAGAAGUGCGAAAUACACGGGUUGUUCAUUCACUGGGCAAUGCAAGUAGCAUUUUGGAUAGCACGGGUUACUUGGAUUCAGACGAUGAGCUGACCAGAGCACAGAAACUUAAUAGAACUAUUUCCAGGAUGUCGGUUUCCAGACGUUCAGUAGCAUCGUCGGCUGUACAAAUUCAUGCAUUUUAUUGUGAUAGUAACUUCUUGUGUAAAACAAUUUGGUCAACAGCAAUAGCACUGCAUCAGUUUUACCUGGACCAGCGGACAAAUGCCAAUGCCAGGGUAAAAACUUUAUUUUUGGGGUAUUCUCUCCGGAAAAAUUCAUCCAUAACAGACUGGUGUUGA